GCGAGCGGAGCCCGGCAGCAGCCGCCAGCCCCGGGGUAUGCGGGUGAGCGGGAGAGGAACGCGGAGGAAGGCGGAGAGCGGCGGGGAGCGGGGCGAGGGAGCCCGGCCGAGCCCUCCCGAGCGGCGGAGGAUGCGCCGAGCCCCGGGAAGUCGAGCCCAGCUGCAGCGCGGCGCGUCCCGCCCGGCCGCCGCCCCAGCCCGCGCAGCCCCCUGUGCCCGGGAGCCAUGAGCCGCCCUCAGCGCCCACUGAGCCGCCGGAGCAGCCUCCCAGCUGCAGCCCCCCGGCACUCCUAGGCUUCCCUGCUCCCUGGAAGGUGCUCAUCGCUGGCGAGGAGAACCGGCUGCGCCUGCACCCAGCCUCCUGCGUCCCCCCAAGGUUCCUUGCCUCACCAGCAGCCCCUUGUAGGAUUUCAGCUCUGUGCAUGAGUGGAAAGCAGAGGAGAGGCCAAAGCCCAGUGCACGCCUGGCAUCUGAUCCCCCAGCAUCCUGCCUUCAUCUGACCCAGGUGAGAGAUAGGAUGGUAGCUGGGGAGGCGAGUAUGCGCAGCCCAAUCCUGGCCUGCUGGCAGCCGAUUCUCCUCCUGAUGCUGGGAUCCAUCCUGUCCGGCUCCGCCACAGGCUGCCCGCCGCGCUGCGAGUGCUCUGCCCAGGAGCGCGCCGUCCUGUGCCACCGCAAGCGAUUCAUGGUCGUGCCAGAGGGGAUCCCCACCGAGACCAGGCUGCUGGACUUGGGCAAGAACCGCAUCAAGACGCUCAACCAGGAUGAAUUUGCCAACUACCCUCACCUGGAGGAGCUGGAGCUAAACGAGAACAUUAUCAGUGCCAUUGAACCUGGGGCUUUCAACAACCUCUUCAACCUCAGGACGCUGGGGCUCAGGAGUAACAGACUCAAGCUGAUCCCUUUGGGGGUGUUUACUGGACUCAGCAACCUUACCAAGCUAGACAUUAGUGAGAACAAAAUUGUGAUCCUCCUAGACUACAUGUUCCAGGACUUGUACAACCUGAAGUCUUUGGAGGUGGGGGACAACGACCUUGUCUACAUCUCCCACCGGGCUUUCAGUGGCCUCAACAGCCUGGAGCAGCUGACCCUGGAGAAAUGCAACCUGACCUCCAUCCCUACGGAGGCCCUGUCCCACCUUCAUGGCUUGAUCGUGCUGCGGCUGCGCCAUCUGAACAUCAACACCAUCCGGGAUUACUCUUUCAAGAGGCUCUACCGGCUCAAGGUCCUCGAGAUCUCCCACUGGCCCUACCUGGAUACUAUGACAUCCAACUGCCUCUAUGGAUUGAACCUGACCUCCUUGUCCAUCACCCACUGCAACCUGACGUCCAUCCCGUACGUGUCGGUGAGGCACCUGGUUUACCUCCGGUUCCUGAACCUGUCCUACAACCCCAUCGUCACCAUCGAGGGCUCAAUGCUUCAUGACCUGCUCAGGCUCCAGGAGAUCCAGCUGGUGGGAGGGCAGCUCACCACGGUCGAGCCCUUUGCCUUCCGUGGCCUCAAUUACCUGCGCAUCCUGAACGUGUCAGGGAACCUGCUGACCACCCUGGAGGAGUCAGCUUUCCACUCGGUGGGCAACCUGGAGACGCUCAUCCUCGACAACAACCCCUUGGCCUGCGACUGUCGGCUGCUCUGGGUUUUCCGGCGCCGAUGGAGGUUGAACUUCAACAAGCAGCAGCCCACCUGCUCCACCCCUGAGUUCGUCCAGGGCAAGGAGUUCAAGGACUUCCCUGACGUCCUCCUGCCCAACUACUUCACCUGCCGCCGAGCACGAAUACGGGACCGCAAACCUCAGCAGAUCUUCGUGGACGAAGGCCACACGGUGCAUUUUGUGUGCCGGGCAGACGGGGACCCGCCACCCACCAUCAUGUGGCUGUCUCCCCGGAAGCACCUCAUCUCUACCAAAACCAACGGGCGGCUCACUGUCUUCCCUGACGGCACGCUGGAGGUGCGCUACGCCCAGAUCCAGGACAACGGCACCUACCUAUGCAUCGCCAGCAACGCGGGUGGCAACGACACCAUGCUGGCCCACCUGCACGUGCGCAGCUACUCCCCAGACUGGCCCCACCAGCCCAACAAGACCUUCGCGUUCAUCUCCAACCAGCCCAACGAGAGCGAUGCCAACAGCACGCGCGCCACCGUGCCUUUCCCCUUUGACAUCAAGACUCUCAUCAUCGCCACCACCAUGGGCUUCAUCUCCUUCCUGGGCGUCGUGCUCUUCUGUCUGGUGCUCCUCUUCCUGUGGAGCCGUGGGAAAGGCAACACCAAGCACAAUAUUGAAAUUGAGUACGUGCCACGGAAGUCCGACGCGGGCAUCAGCUCUGCCGACGCGCCACGCAAGUUCAAUAUGAAAAUGAUUUAACCAGGCAACAAUUUGCAAAUAAUAAUGGUGUUGUUCUGUUUUGUUUUU